AUGUCUGCCUCCUCAGUUCGUGUUGCCGUCACACAGGCUGAGCCUGUCUGGCUCGACUUGCAGGGCUCCGUCAAAAAGGUCUGCAAGCUCAUGAAGGAGGCUGCCGACAACAAGGCCCAGCUCAUUGCCUUCCCUGAGUGCUUUGUCCCUGGAUACCCAUGCUGGAUUUGGACCCGUCUUGUGGACUUUGAGAUGAACGUCAAGUACAUCAAGAACUCGCUCAAGGUCGACUCCCCAGAGAUGGAGACGAUCAAGGCGGCCGCGCGCGACAAUGGCAUUGCCGUGUCGCUGGGCUUUUCCGAGAACGAGGACGACUCGCUCUACAUUUCGCAGGUGCUCAUUGGCGCCGACGGCGAGGUCAAGCUGCACCGCCGCAAGAUGAAGCCCACGCACAUGGAGCGCACCAUUUUCGGCGACGCCUCGGGCCACUGCCUCUCGGGUGUCGCCAAGCUGCCCUUUGGCCGCGUCGGCCAGCUCUCGUGCUGGGAGCAUAUCCAGCCCCUGCUCAAGUUCAACACCAUGUCCCAGCGCGAGCAGAUCCACGUCUCGGCCUGGCCCAGUCUGACGCCGCACACUGGUGGUCCCGAUCUGUGGUCCAUGUCUGCUGAAGGUUGCCACACUCUCUCGGCCACAUACGCUAUUGAGUCCACCACAUUCGUUCUGCACAGCACCGCCGUCAUUACAGACGAGGGUGUCAAGGUCCAGAACACUUCGGGCGGCGCUUUGAUGUCCUCGGCCGGCGGCGGCACCUCUGCCAUUUUCGGCCCCGACGGCAGAAAAUUGACCGAGCCCCUGGACCCCAAGGCCGAGGGUAUCCUGUACGCCGACCUCGACAUGGACGAGAUCACGAGGAUCAAGAUGUUUGCCCACUGCACCGGCCACUACAGCAGACCUGACCUGCUGUGGCUCAGCACCGACAACAACAUCAAGGGUCUUGUGCAAGCCGCUGUAGCAAAGCAAGUGGCCAAGGAGGUCACCUCUGAGCUGGUUGCGGAUCUUUGA